UCCCUCUCCCUCUCCGUCUUCUCCAGCUCUUUCUCGCACUGCCUCCGCCAUGGGUAAAAAGGUCAAAGAAGCUUCUCCUCUCAGCGAACCAGAAGCCCUAGAAACCAAAACAAGAGACAAGAAGAAAAGCAAGAAGGAGAAGACGCACAAAAGGUCUAAUAUCGGGGAGCAAAAUGAUCCGAAUAUAAAGCAAAAGCUUGAAGAGACUGAGCUCGAAGAGAGCAAUAUCAAGGACAAGAAGAAGAAGGAGAAAAAGAAGAAGCACAAGAAGGAGAGGGAGGACGGAAAGGAAAGCGAGAUCUGUGAAAGGAAGGAAGAAUUAAAUUCCGAAAAUGGCAAAACUGGUGAUGUCGGUAAUGAUGGUGAGGAGACAGUGGUGGUGACUGGGAAGAAUUCGGAGGAGACAAAGUACACACCUUUGAAAUUGUUUAAGGAUUCCAAGUUGCCAGAGAAUGUCUUGGCUUGUUGUAAGGAUUUCAAGCGUCCAUCUCCAAUCCAGGCUCAUGCCUGGCCUUUCUUGCUGGAUGGUCGCGACUUUAUUGGAAUUGCGAAGACUGGUUCAGGUAAGACUUUGGCUUUUGGGGUACCGGGGAUAAUGCAUGUUUUGAGCAAGAGAAAGGAUAAAACCUCGAGGAGGGUGAAUCCACUUUGCCUUGUGAUGUCACCCACAAGGGAAUUAGCUGAUCAAAUUUCAAAUGUUCUAUGUGAUGCUGGCGAGCCUUGUGGAGUGAAGUCAGUUUGUUUGUAUGGAGGCACAUCAAAGCAACCUCAAAUUGCUGCCCUGAAGUCGGGCGUUGACAUCGUAAUUGGAACAGCAGGUCGUUUGAAGGAUCUUAUUGAAAUGAAUAUAUGCAACCUCUCUGAGGUAUCUUUUGUGGUUCUCGAUGAAGCAGACCGAAUGCUUGACUUGGGAUUUGAACCAGAAGUUCGAUUCAUUUUGAGCAAGACCUGUUCUGCUCGCCAGAUGGUAAUGUUCAGCGCUACAUGGCCAACAGAUGUUCAUAGACUGGCCCAGGACUUCAUGGAUCCUAAUCCUGUUAAGGUUGUCAUAGGCUCCGAAGAUUUGUCUGCCAACCAUGAUGUUAUGCAGAUAGUUGAGGUCUUGGAUGAACGUUCACGAUUCGAGCGUUUAGUUGCGUUGCUAGAGAAAUAUCACAAAUCCCAGAGGAACAGAGUCUUGGUUUUUGUAUUGUACAAGGAGGAAGCCAAACGUAUUGAACCAAUGCUGCAAAAGAGAGGUUGGACUGCUGUUUCAAUUCAUGGUGACAAACCACAAUAUGAGCGUACGAAAGCGCUAUCAUUGUUCAAGAAGGGAAGCUGUCCCCUGAUGGUAGCUACUGAUGUGGCUGCUCGAGGACUUGAUAUUCCUGAUGUUGAAGUUGUUAUCAACUACAGCUUCCCUCUCACCACGGAGGAUUAUGUUCACAGAAUAGGACGAACUGGACGAGCUGGAAGGAAGGGUGUUGCUCACACAUUUUUUACAGAUCUUAAUAAGAACCUCGCUGGGGAGCUGGUGAAUGUACUCAGAGAAGCUGGUCAAAUUGUGCCAGCUGCCCUUAUGAAAUUCGGUACUCAUGUAAAGAAAAAGGAGUCCAAGCUAUAUGGAUCCCACUUCAGAGAAAUCUCCUCAGAUGCUCCUAAGGCUAAAAAAAUAAGAUUUGAUAACUCAGAUGAUGAAUGACUGAUUGAUACUGUCAACACAGCAUUUUCUUGUUGCAGUUACAGCAUUGUAGUUGCGAAACUCUGAAGAACGCGAUUCCUUGAAGAGAGAACUCCGUCAAGGCUAUUGCAGAUAUUGAUUUCAUAUUCUUGUGCCGUAAGGUUUCUUUUUGUAUUUGUUUUAGCAGAUCAUAAAGUUACUGGAUUUUAUAACUAAAACUGCAUAACAUAUGUAGUUAGUAUACAAAAAUUGAUCUUCAAAGUAUGUAAUGAGGUUGCAUGAUAUAUUUGAUGAGAUGAUUGAGAAGUGUUUGGAGGGCAA